AUGAAAGGCGGUUUUCCAGUGAAAAUUAUAGAGAGGGGAUGACAGUUUAAAUGGUUUUUAUCCUAAUCCAUAUAUGUAAGGUAAAUCUACUCCUACUAGGAAUUAGUAGUAAUUUACAUCUCUAUAUAAAGACUUGGUCUCUUCUUUAUUUUUACGCAUAUCUUACGAGAGUUUGUCUUCCAGUUCCUUGUUUUACGAAUUAAUAUAGAUCUCUGAUUUUGUUGAUUUUGUUUUUUUUUUUCUUUAAGAAAAAUUCUUUCCGGAGUUCGCAUCGUUGUUGAUUAAAUUAAGUAUUCGGAUUUGUGGGUUGAAUUUGUAUUUUGGUUGAGAUCUAACAGAGGAUUAAGUCCAUGGAGGAUAGUCGGAAACAGCUGGAAUUGGAAGAGGCGGGUAUAGCUGGGCUUCCUAAUGCUAUGCUCGAUGUUGAUCAUGACUGUGCCAAGAAGGAUCAGUUCGUGAAGAAAAGGUAUAAAGCUUUUCUAUAUGAGCAACACUUGAAGGAGGAGGAGAAGAAGAAGAAGAAGAAGAAAUUCUGCAAACCAAACAAGAGUGAUGAAAAAGAUGAUGAUGAUGAUGAUGAGGAGUUUGAAGAUGCUUUGAAAGUGGACGAAGCUAAUAAUAAGGUUGAUGCGGGCAAGCAAAUUGAUUUUGUUAAGGUUAAGAAACCUGUUCCAGAGGAUAGUACUGCAGGGAUAUACUGUCUUCUUGACCUUGAUGUCAGUUGUGCAACUCUGUCUAUGCCUUAAGAUCUUCUCCCUUAUAUGGAUCCAAAUGAGCCAAUUAUAUGCUGUUAGGAAUAUUCACUUUGUAUUCUAAAUUCAUAAAGCAUAGUUAUAAUUGACUAGUUUUUUCUUUUGCAUGUUUCCUCUUUUGAAGUUUAACUCAAUGUAAUGUAUUUAUGAGUUUGUGAUCCAACGGCAAGUUAAU